AUGCUGUGCAAGCACUGGGCUUUAGAAAUGAGAUUGGGCUUUUGUUUUCUAUACGCGCUGCUUUCCGCGGCGCAGUGCAUAGGCAUCUCGAGCCAAGACAUAUUGGCGUGCCAUAACAGGCCUGCGGGCCGCGUGAACGGAGAAGAAGUGUGUGUGAACCCGCGCUGGGUGGGGCAUCCCUUUUAUAUAGCGCUGCUGGGACGGCUGGGCUAUGUGCGCAACAUGCGGGCGUGCUCGUACGGGCUGGACACGAGCUUUAGCGUGGCGCCGGGCAAGAGCAAAAAGCAGCUUGAAAACGACAUACACAUAUAUGUCAGAAAGCCGCAGAAGGACACGCCGUAUUUGGGCGUGGCUGAGCGCGAUGCGGGGUAUAGUGUGGAGUUCCACCGGACACUGGUGCAUAUGUUUGGGCUGCAGAAGAGCGGACGCCUGGCAAUUGAGUCCGAGCGAGAAGGCUCUUUUGCGUUUACUCUUAGGAAAGACUUCCCGUCUCCAAGGGAGAUGCAUUAUGCGCUGGCUGCGCUGCUGCUCCUGUGCGAGGGCGUGGAUGUGCCGAUUAAAGCGACUGACAGCAGAGUGUCUGAAAAAGGGGAACAGGCCUGCAAGGGUGUGCUGGAGAAUUCGGAGAGGGCUGGCUUGGGCGGCAGGGAAGAGCCUCUGUCCGAGACGCGCCAGGUCAUAGACUUCUUCUUGCAGAACAAAGACAGAAACCAGCUGCCGUGCACCUAUGGCGACUUUCAGACGGGGGCCUUCCUGGAGAGCCCGCUGCUUCUUAUUCUCACGUACAUAGGCGAGUAUGCAGCAAGUGCAGACGAACUUAUGUCUGUGAUGGAGUGCGCUCUCGAAAUUUUGGAGGGCAUGGGGCUGGCAGACAGCUUGGAGGACCCUGCCGGCGUGGUGAGCCGGCUGUUUGUGCCUGCAAGCCAAAUGCCGCAGGCCGAGGAGUCUCUGGGCCCGUUCUUAGAGGCGCUUCCCGCUCUAGCAUCCAUGGAGCGCUUGGAAGAGUUUGUCUUCUUCCAAACCGAAGCAACGAAAAAAAGCGAAAGAUCCAGCGCCUCGGGCGGGGAAAGGUGUUUUGACGACUGCGGCGCGCCCUGCGAGUUCCUUGGCGCGUGUUUGCUCUUACCGUAUCUGGCGUUUGACUCUGAAGAAAAGGCAUACCAGCUGGAGGGGCUGCUAAGCGGAGCAGAAGGCACGGCGGGGAUAGCGCAAACUCGGGAGUUUUUUAGAAAACUGCAGGCACAUGUGGAGCGGCAGAGCUUCUCUUUGAAUUUUAUGGACGACUCGCAUGGGCAAAACUACAGUGAUCUGUGGCUCAUGGUGCACGCACAGUUCCAGCAGGCGCUGGGAAGUUUGGAGCCAACGCUUCUAAACCAGAUGCGCACGCUUGCGCAGAUGACCGGGCGGCCGAAGGCCGUAGUGGACGAGCUGGCGGCGCACCAGAGGGCAAUGGACGCCGAAAAAAGGGCAAAGCUGUCUCCCGAGGCGAUCGAGAGCGUUCGCGCGCUGCUUCGCUCAAUAUCAGUGGACAAAAAUGUGAAGGUGAAGAUUGAGGAACACGUGGAGCACUCUAGGCCCGGGGGGCACAUGCUUACGGUAAAAAGCCUGUGCAAAGAUGGUGCGCGCGGCCAAGUUCUGAAGCUGCUUUUCAGCGAAAAGGGCACUUCAAUAGAAACGCUGGAUCUGGUAUGCUCGUGCUUUUCUGAGAGCGCACAGAAGAAGCUGGACAUGGUGCUUGCGCAGUACAGGCAGCACACAGAGUUUUCGAGCUUUGUGCUUGCCGAGUACAUAAGCCGGGUUUCCAUGGGGAGAGGCACGUGCAGUUGCUCGCGCGGAAAAACGAAGGAGCUGCAAGAAGCCGCGAGAAGAGCAGUGCACUGCAGCCCUGGAAGGCCAGCAAGCGUGCUGCUGGCGCUGCCGGCUGCGGGCGGGUACUUCAGGGAAACGCUUGUUUCGGCGCUUGUGCUAUGUGCGGAGCAGCAGGGCAUUAAGCUGGAUGCGGCGCACCCUGUGGGCCGGCUGAUUGCAAACGUGAUAGGAAGCGCGGACCUUGGCGACUGGAUGGCGCGGGACAAGAUAUUGGCCGUGCCUGUAGGCACCGGCACUCUGCAGUCGCUGUGCCCAACGGUGCAGCUUUCAGACAGAUCGCACCAGAAAAUUUGGAGAUCGAACAGAUUUUCUAGGUAUGACGGGGUGUAUUCCUGCGAAAAGUCGAACAUACUUACGCAGAAAAGCCUGAUGCGGUAUCUUCGGGAGUAUGAAAAGAGAGAAAGCAAGCCGCUGCUCGAGUGCUGGCUGCUAAAUGGGCAUUUGAGCAUAGGCCUGCAUUGCGAGUAUUUUUUUGCAGCGGACCCGGCGGAAACGCUAGAAGAGGUCUGCGCGCUUGUUCUGGCGGGCCGCGCAGGGGAAGAUCUGCAGAAGGCAGAAGCUCUGGCCACGCAGCUCUGGCUGUCCUGGCUGAUCCUGCUCCUGGAGGCGGGCGUGGAGAAGCAGGGGGACGCCAUUCGCAAGAUGUGCAAAACCUUUGACUCGGAGUCUCUCGAGACGGUGUUUGGCGACCUUUCCGGGUUUUGGAAUGGUGUGGACCUGGGCAGCGCAAUAGACGAGCUGGAAAAAGCAAAAGAUUUUUUUGUGGAGGAAGGGUACCCAAAAACGUUUGAAAAAUUGCAGCAGCUGCUCUGCGAUGCACACAAGACGUCUUUUUGGGUGUAG